UCUCGUGUGUGGCAGGAUUAUCAGAUGAUUAUCAGAUUGGAUAUUUUUAACGAGGAUUUACGCGCAGGGGAAGACGCGUGGCGUCGCUUUUAUCGAAGCUGCACGAGGAGUUUGAUUCAUUGUGCGCGUGUAAGCGGAGACGCGCGCAGUAUGUCUGUGAGGAGCGCGCUUCAGGUACAGGUGAAUAUUCCCUGGAGGAAUAAUAACCUGAGUCUGAUGAACAACGAUCAACCUCUGUCCGAUCAGGGAGAGACCAUCAUCGGAGUUUAUCUGCUGAUUCUGGGUUGGUUGUCGUGGUUUGGAAACAGUAUUGUGAUCUUCGUCCUCUUCAAACAGAGAUCAUCUCUGCAACCCACAGACUAUCUGACUCUUAAUCUUGCCAUAUCUGAUGCCAGCAUCUCUAUCUUCGGAUAUUCCAGAGGAAUCCUGGAAAUCUUCAACGUUUUCAGGGAUAAUGGAUAUCUCAUCACAUCAGUGUGGACGUGCCAGGUGGAUGGGUUCUUUACUCUUGUUUUCGGUCUGGGCAGCAUCAAUACGCUCACUGUUAUCAGCAUCACCAGAUACAUCAAGGGCUGCCACCCAAAUAAAGCUCACUGUAUAACAAACACUGUAGUGAUCAUGUCUGUUAUUUUUAUCUGGAUUGGAGCGUUGUUCUGGUCCGGUGCACCCAUCCUCGGCUGGGGCAGCUACACAGAUCGAGGUUAUGGCACGUGUGAGAUCGACUGGGUUAAAGCUAACUACUCCACCAUACACAAGUCCUACAUCAUCUCCAUUCUCAUCUUCUGUUUCUUCAUGCCUGUACUCAUCAUGCUCUUCUCCUACAUCUCCAUUAUUAACACUGUGAAACGGGGAAACGCUAUGUCUGCAGAGGGCGACCUGACCGACCGACAGCGAAAAAUCGAAAGAGACGUCACAGUUGUUUCUAUUGUGAUCUGCACGGCAUUUAUUCUCGCCUGGUCUCCAUACGCCGUGGUGUCCAUGUGGUCCGCGUGGGGUUUUCAUGUGCCGAAUCUCACUAGCAUCUUCACGCGACUCUUCGCCAAGUCCGCAAGCUUCUAUAACCCGCUCAUUUAUUUCGGCCUGAGCUCGAAGUUUCGUAGGGAUGUGCGCGUGCUGUUACCCUGUAGCGGUGACGGUAAAGAUAACGUCAAACUUAAACGUGUCAAAAAGAUCAAAGGGAGGGCAGACGCGUCACCUGUGGACCUGCACGAGGAGAACCAGCAGAAGCACGAGAUGAAGUACCGACCGGAGCGAGAGCCGCUGAACCCUGCGCCCAGCCCGGACUCCGGUGUAGGGAGUCACCCUGAAAGUCCUCCUAACAACCAACAUGAGCUCUGUACAGACGAACACGAACCCGAGUCUGAAUGCGUCAGACUGUAGAUCAGAAGGAAAUUAUUCAUCAUUUUUUAACAUUUGAAUCUACAAAUUAACAUAUUAGGAUCUUUAAAUAUUUUGUAAAUGAUGAAUGUGAAUAUUGUUUUUCUUUUUCUGUCUAUGUCGAUGUUAUUAUAGUUUUGUCAGUUUGUUCACGUAAUAAACUUUUCAAUCGCAAUACCUUUUCAUCACAUCUUAAACAAACAUGAAGUGUCCAAACACAAUCUAUUACAAAUUGAACAAAUAUGACAGUGUGUUUAAUAAAACAAUAAAUGUUAUAUAUUUAAUGUUAAUGUUGUGACUAUUUUGUGUUUGCAGUUCAUCAAACAAAUAAGAGUUAAAUAAAAUAUCAAUGUGUAAAUCUUUGUCAUUAUUGUGUUAAAAUGAUGUUAUAGCAGAUGUCUGAACCUUAAAGAAUAACCCUUAAGAAACAGCAAGAGAAAAUGUUGAUUCAUAUCAAUAUAAUGUUUUUUCUUUCUUUUAAAAUUAUUUUUAUUUCGUGAAACAUUUUUUUCUCUUUUAAAUUUUUUCUCUUUCAAUAUAAUUUUUUCUCUUUUUCAAAAUAUUUUUUUCUUUCAAUUUUUUUUCUCUUUCAAUUUUUUUUCUCUUUCAAUAUAUAUAUUUUUUUCUUUCUUUCAAAAUAAUUUUUUCUCUUUUUCAAAAUAUUUUUUUC